AUGGGCCUGGAGCUGUCGCUCGACCGUUUGAAAUCGCUGGCCAAGUUCGCGUUCGGCAUGGGCAGCCUGCAGGUUCUCAUCACCGGCCUCGUCUUCGUGGCCUUCGCGCUGCCCGCCGGCUCAAGCCUCGGCACCCGUUUCCUGGAGAUGGUGUGCGGCGCGCCUGCCUCCCUGGUGUCUAUCCGCUCGCUCGACGAGGCCGUGGUCAUUGCGGCGGCGCUGUCGAUGAGCAGCAGCGCGUUUGUGCUGCAGCUGCUGUCGGAGCGCGGGGAGACGCCGACGCGUUUCGGGUCGGCGACGCUGGGGAUCCUGCUGUUCCAGGACAUUGCCAUCGUGCCCUUCCUGGUGCUGCUGCCCCUCAUUGAGAGCAGCGGCGGCAUGGAGAACGCCACGUCAGACACGCUCCUGGGAAUGCUGGGCCCCACGGCCUUCAACAGCGCCGCGGGGCUGGCAAUGCUGCUGUUCGGCGGCCGCAUCGUGCUGCGCAAGCUGUACGAGGGUGUAGCAGCCACCCUGCAUUGA